AUGGCUCCUGUUACUGGAAGCCUAGCCGACAGCACCGGCGACGCGGACCUUCAAUGCUCAGCAGCCACACCGUGGUCGGUUUUCCUUUUUUUCGCCUCCAACUACCUAGCACACUGCGCGACCGUGAAGCUGUACCCCGGGUCGGGCACAACGGACACGGCCGUGGCGGCCAUCCUGGCCCUGUUCAUCCCGUCGGUAGGCCUCAUCAGGGCACUGUUCUCGAUCGGGCGCUAUUCUCGCUUUCGAAAGAGUCGUAACCCGCUGGAGCGCGCGGCCGCGGCGGGAGCCCUCCGCAUGGUGGUGCGGACCGACUAUUGGAGACCACAAGAGGGAGACCGCAUCAGGCCGGCGCGGAACGCCGAGGGCGAGAUACGGCUGGCCAAUGGACAAACAUUUCCCAAGUGCUCGCCAGACGCCUCAGACAAGGACCGCACGGAGCGGCCGGGCGUCGACCCCGAGCAUGUACCGCUCAUCGACGAUAUUCGUGUACGGGCGGACGAGGAGGACCCCGUUCUGGAGGACAGCCGGCGUUCGGCGCCCUAUUCGUUCGUCUGGCACGUGGCGUUGAACGUGAACAAGUUCCACGGCAAGGCUCUGCUCCCCUACGGCUACGACUGGGUUGAUGUGCAUGCCGAGGCCAAGAUCUCGUGGGCCGAGUCGAACCGGCCGGAUGACCGCUGGGUGGUGGGCCCACCGCCCGAUAUCAGCUCGCAGUACAACUGGAUCCAGUCUCUCAUCGCCAUAUUUCAGGUUGGAAGCGCCGGCCUAACGCUUUACCGGUCCCGCGGCGACCAAAUCGAGCGGUUCGGGUACGCUGCAUAUGGCCUCACCGUGGUGCCGUACCUUAUCAUGAGUGUCGUGAACCUGAUGGCGCAAAUCGCCACGGCAGACUACCCCAACGUCUACAUGGUUGCUAAUGAGGAGAUGGAAGAGGCCCGGAAACGUGGAGGCGUGUUUGAUGGAGUGGUUGGCCGGCUGGAAUCAGCGGCUGGGGCUGACGACGCCGAGGAGCUGGUAUAUGAUGUGAAGCCACGCGAUCCACCGGGGCCGGAUGGCGCCGUUCAGACCUUGCUUGCGCGGGUCUCCGGUAGCGAUGUGCAUCCGCCACUCAUUGCCUGCACAAAAGCGCAUGGGGACUUCCUGUCUGAAGCUCCAGAGCGCGACAUCAUCGUUCCCGCCUACUCGCCGGUUGAGUUAUAUUCCUCCCCAUCACCUAAGCCUUGGUUUGUGCUUGCCCAGAAAUGGAGAGUGGGGGAUUUUAUCUUGCCGCUUCUGCUGAGCGGCCUGUCCCUGGUCGUGAUCGGGGCGCUCACCAAGUUUGACAGCGGGAGGAGCACAACGGACCAACGCGGAUGGAUUCUAAGUUGGGUGGUUGUUGGCAUCGCCGGCGGAUGGCAUGUGGACAGCUUGACUCUUUGUUUCAAUAUGUUUGCCAAAGUUGGGCUUGGAGGUCCGAGCCUGUUGCGAGUCACGGUUGUGCUUACAUUGCUGGGAGGUGGUUUGUUUAUCCUUUUAGCUGGCCUUUUCUGCGUCCCAGCAAUAGGCGGCUUUGUGGUCGUAGCGGGCAUGCUUAGAGAGACUGGAAUUUGCGAGGCUAAAUAG